AAGACGAUGAAGAAGAAUAUACGCGCUUGGUCCCAGAGCUUCCUUCUCCACACGGGCUUUGAAGGUCUGAGACUCUCUGUAACAUCACUAAAGUGUCCUGAUUCUUUGAGUGUCGGCGCUCUUUAGGAAAAUCUCCACAGAUUCCUGCUGCUACUGACUCAAAGGGUCUGUUCAUACCGGGACGUUUUUCACAGUGCAUUAAACACGGGUGGAGUGCUGGAUCAACGUGCAGAUUCACUCCCUGACAAUGUACCACUGCUCAGAAUGUGGGGAGAGUUUUAGAAAACGUCAUCUCAAAGAUCACAAGCACAUCCACACAGGAGAGAAGCUGCAUGACUGCUCCCAGUGUGGAAAGAGUUUUACUCGUCGGAGUAAUCUCCAACGACACGAGCGGAUCCACACAGGAGAGAAGCUGCAUGACUGCUCGCAGUGUGGGAAAAGUUUUACUUGUCAUAGUGAUCUCCAACGACACAAGCUCAUUCACACAGGAGAGAAGCCGCAUCACUGCUCGCAGUGUGAGAAGAGCUUUACGUUUCGGAGUGAUCUCAACAGACACCUGCGCAUUCACACAGGAGAGAAGCCGUAUCACUGUGGUCAGUGUAGGAAGAGUUUUACUUCUCAUAGUGUUCUCCAGCAACAUGAGCGCAUUCAUACAGGAGAGAAGCCGUAUCAUUGUGGACAGUGUGAGAAGAGUUUUACUUUUCAGAGUGAUCGUCAACGUCAUGAGCGCAUCCACUCGGGAGAGAAGCCGUAUCACUGUGGACAGUGUGGGAAGAGUUUUACUUGCUGGCGUAAUCUCAAAGUACAUGAGCAAAUUCACACAGGAGAGAAGCCGUAUCUCUGCUCCCAGUGUGGGAAGAGUUUCACUUGCCGGUAUAUUCUCCAACAACACCAGCGUAUCCACACACGAGAGAAGCCGUAUCGCUGCUCCCAGUGUGGGAAGAGUUUUAAUUGUCAGAGUGCUCUCCAACUACACCAGCGUAUCCACACAGGAGAGAAGCCGUAUCACUGCUCCCAGUGUGGGAAGAGUUUUAUUUGCAAGCGUAAUCUCCAAGUACAUGAGCGCAUUCACACAGGAGAGAAGCCGUAUCUCUGCUCCCAGUGUGGGAAGAGUUUUAAUUGUCAAAGUUCUCUCCAACGACACCAGCGUAUCCACACACCAGAGAAGCUGCAUCACUGCUCCCAGUGUGGGAAGAGUUUUAAUUGUCAGAGUGCUCUCCAACGACACCAGCGUAUUCACACAGGAGAGAUGCCAUAUCACUGCUCCCAGUGUGGGAAGAGUUUUAAUUGUCCAAGUGGUCUCCAAGUACAUGAGCGAAUUCACACAGGAGAGAAGCCGUAUCACUGUGGACAGUGUGGGAAGAGUUUUGCUCGUCUGAGUUAUCUCAGACAACAUGACCGCGUGCACACAGGAGAGAAGCCGUAUCACUGCUCCCAGUGUGGGAAGAGUUUUGCUCGUCUGAGUCAUCUCCAAGAGCAUGAGCGCAUUCACACAGGAGAGAAGCCGUAUCACUGUGGACAGUGUGGUAAAAGUUUUCGUGGACAGAGGGCCCUCCACAGCCACCAGCAGGCUCAUAUAGGACAGAAGCUGUACAUCUGUGGACAAUGUGAGCGGAGCUAUACUAAUUCAAGUUCAUUAAGGACACACAAGUGCUCUAACAUAAAGCCGUCAGAUCUUGACGUGUGAAUUUGUCAAAUUAAGUUGCAUUUUAUUCAUUUUUUUUAAAGGGAGGUAAAGAGAUUCAGGUAUAAAACUAUGAUAUAUUAUUUGUUAUGGACUGUAGUAUUCUGUUGCGUAGGACAUUUAUUUCUUACGCUCUGGGUUUUAGCAGAAUUCAUGAUUUUAUGUUUUCCUGUUUUUUCCCCCAAAUGCUACAAUAUCAAGCAUGGAAUACACAUUUAACCAGUGGGAAUGCCCACUUUAAUCAACCAAUCCAGACCUCUGAGUGAGACACAUGACUGACAUCUCCCUCUAACAUAAGACUUUUCAUUUGAAAUGAUUUGUAAAUGCGAGCUAGAAUUUGUUUUAUAAAAUGUCAUGUGUGUACUAUCGCACUGGACACCUUUCCAAGCCAACAGAAGAUGGUUGUGUUUACAGGCAAUUUGAAGAGAGAAUUCUUGCCCAAGUUGCUUCGUCUUUGCAGCGUCCAUUUAUCUAUACAGUUGCAUUCAAAAUUAUUCAACCACCAUUGCAAAUCAGGUAUUUGUCCAAAUUUACAGACUUUCAGCUGUUUGCAAUGAACAAAUCAAACACAAGCAAUUGAAAUAGUUUGAAUGGUGAUAAAAUCGUUGAAGAUUUUUCAUACUGCCAUCUUCCCUGACUUGCUCCUGGUAGAAUAUGCUUGCACAGAAUUUGAGAAAUGAUCUACGACCACAAGGAUGUAUUCUGCUCUGCCUUUAAUCUUUCUUAGGUGCAGAGAACCAACUAAGAUCAUUUCCAGUGGGGCUGUUAUUUCAAUACUUUGGACUGGUGUUCUGGUGAUUCUGUUUGGCUAAUUUUGUUUCAUGCAUCAACCCACCCUUGUGAUAUAAUGCAUCUAUCCUUUCACCAUACGAUCAGCACCUAAAAGAGACAUAUCUUCAUGUAAAUGCUUUAUCUCAUUCUGGAGACUUUCUGGGAUGACAAGUUGGAUUCUAUUUCUCAAUCUUCAUCACAGGAUUCCCUUCUCAUCCAUGUGCAAGUGGUGUCAUCCUCUCAGGAGCUGCCUGACUGCUUCUGGUUCUUUUAGUUUGGCCUUGUGUCUGAAGUGGAGUUGCUUCUUUUUCAGUUCAAGUACUCUGCUGAUGAUUGGGUCACACAUCUGUGCAUUUCUGAUGUCCUGAGACAUGAGUAGCUGACUGGACUUGGGGUUAGGGUCCAUUCUCCAGCUCCUCAGGUAAGACAUCUGUGUUGCAGGUUAUCAUGGAUAUCUAGUCAAUUUCCCCUUGUUGCUGUGCUUUCAGGACUUCUGAACUUCCGGUUGACAUUCCUGGGCAUACUCCCUCUCUGUGACUUCAAUGGGGAUUGGGCGUCGUGACAGGAAGCCUGCGUCUCUGUUUGCUGUUCCAGGCCUACACUUCAGGGUUAACAGUAAUCUGGCUGUUAAGAUACCCAUCACUGACGUGCCGCGUUGAGCUUUGGCGGUUUCAUUAUGCAUGUCAACGGAUUAUAUAAUUCAUAGGUAGUCAUGGAAGUGUUCUGUGCCCAUUUUAGUGCCAAGAACUCAAACUUCCCAGAGUGCAGCUUGUAAAUCUUUUCGGCAAAAGUCAGUGAUGUAUGACCUGUAGUAUCCAAGGAAGCCCAUGAGUUUCCUUAUUUCUGACAGUACUCUGUGUCUCCUCCUUGAGAGGCUGUAUCGCCUCCAUUUUCUUUGGGUUAAUGCUGUAUCCCUUGUCAGAAAUGACAGGGCCCAUGUAGCAGACCUCCUGUCAUGUCGUUUCUUGCAAUACCCUUCUCAAUUCACCCAGGUUUGUAUCAGAAUCUUUGCUAAAGACCAGAACAACAUCAAGGUAAGGGAUGCAAAUGGCCCUCAAUUCUCUCAAACAUUCCUCCAUGUACCUCUGAAAAGUAGCAGGUACAUUUGUGGGACUGAAGGGUCACCCACUCGUGGAGCCCCCAUGUUGUUAUUGUUACGUUAUUGCUGCGUGCCAUUUGUGUGUCUGUCGGUGGUGGGAUGGGUUUUGUCUUUUGUCCCCCCCCUUCUCUAGGCCCCACCUACUGCAUGCGUCAGGUUCCGGCUUGCUAGUGGAUGAUCACGUCAUGUCCACGUCUUGUGCGACAGGAUUGGUUGCCUGCAUGUUUCUGGAAGUGUACUUAAGCCUUGUCGGUCUCCAUCCCAGGCCAGAUCAUUGCCAUCGCGUUGUGUAUAGAGAGGAGUGCUUUUUGCCUGUGGAUGACUAUUUUGCCUGUGUAUGAUCCUGUGCCUGUUCUGACUUUGUUUAUGCUCUGCCCCGUUACAAUUCAUGUGAUACCCUUGUGUAUAUAUGUAUAUAUUAUUUUGUUAAUUACGACACUAAUAGUCACCUUUGUAAAUAGUGAACGGUUAAGAGUGGUUUGUAGAAAGUUGACGCCAUUUGUGUUGAUUAUUCUUUUCUCUUGUUUUUGGGUUAGCUAGGGAGUGAGGGAAGACGGUGUAUUAUUUUUCUUUUCUUGUAGGUUAGUUAGUUUUGUUUGGUAAAGUUAGAGAAUAUUUUUGUUUUAUUAUUUUGGCCUGGCCGGCUUCUGAAGAUUGAAACCACUGUGUGUAUAAAAGGUGCUCCGUUUGGAGAAUAAACAAAACAAACGCAAUCUUGGUCUCGCCACCCCUUCUCUUUUUUUAUUUAAUUGUAUGUUGCGGCCUGACAUAGACCGGGUCGUGACAGUUAUAAAUGCAGUGCAUGCUUGGUUGCUUUCGCCAGGGGCGCCGCUAGGUUUUCUGUGCCCCCUGGCUAAUUUGUACUUGAGGCCCCAAGCCCACACCCCCCCAAUUGUUUAUUAUUGCCACAUGUAAAAGCAAUCAUUAUCAAUAACCAUAUCAAUUAUUACAUAUUCAAUAAGGGACUAUAAAGAACCAAAUUUGAACAGGUUAGUUAAAAUUCAAAUAAUUAAAUUAAGAGAAAUCAUGCAUUUAUAACUAUAUACAAAUAACUAUAUAUACAGUACAAGUAUAGAACACCAUUUGUUCUCUCUCUCAUACACAGACACUAUAGAAACUCUGUCUGGAUGUCUUCAUAAGCUGCUGACUUGUAAUUUCUUAUUCCCCAAGUACAAUAAACAUAAUAAUUAUUAUUAUUAUUAUUAUUAUUAUUAUUAUUCUUCAUUGAGUGAAUAAUAAGUUUCACACACCAGCAGCUCCAGAAAGAAAUGUGGAAAUUAGCUAAAACAGUGACAGUGAUUGAGUCAGUGAGUUUAACUUGAGAAUCAAAUCGGUUCAAUUAGUGAAUUAAUCGUUCUGACUGCUUUUAUCAACGGGAUUCUCCAAUUCACUGAAAUGAACCGACUCAAACAAGCGAUUCACUCAUGAAUCGGACAUCGUUACAACUCUUUUCUCAUAAACUCACUCGGGUCAAAGCAGAUUUAUAUGAUAACAUUAAAUUUUGAUCGAUUCCUCACAGAAAGCUAUUACAAGGCUUCAGAAUGCUUGAAUAUUUACAACACUGGACUAGUUUUAUUGUCACUUGGUGCUUUUCCAUCCUUUUUGAAGCUCAAAUGUUCCAUUACUAUUGCUUUAUUGUGUGGAAAAAAACAAAAUAUUGACUACGUUUACAUGGACAGCAGUAAUCCAAUUAUUGACCUUACUCUGAGUAAGAUAAUAAUGUGAUUAAGGUGUUUACAUGAGUUGCUUUUAGAAUACUCCUGUCAUGUACCCGUUUUACAUGAUAUAGAACAUAAUUAGAUUAACGGCACACGUCAUUACGUCGCCGCGCCGCCCGACGUCCCUCCAGAAUUUCACAUAACCUACAGUUGGUCUUCGUUAUGGGACCGUAUACAGUUUUGGGUGUUUGUAUUAAAUUUUUUACGAACGCUUUAAGUGCAGUUAAUUAUGUGUCAUGCUAUAAGUGCUAAUAAACAAGUGCUUGAAGCCAUGUUCUGCGUCCCAAACUGCGUACUUAUCGUCUAUAUAGUAGCCGAGAUAGAUGUAUUUUUCCCCGCUACAGGCCUAUAGUAGGAAAGUAUGUGGUUUGGAACGCAGCCGUACUCUUGUUCGCUAUAAAAUGUUGACUCUCACACGACGUUCAUAAUGCGAUUGAGGUGUUUACAUGUCUGUAAUACACGUCCAUAAUGCGACCAAAACAGGGAGUACUCCACCUGUCUUAAUUCGAUUAGUGCUUACUUCGAAUAUGACCUUAAUCAGAUUGAGUUUAUUAAAAAUUGCUGUUUACAUGGUAGUUUCUUAAUCAAAGUAUCGUCUUAAAUCAGGUUAAAAGUGGAUUAUUGUUGUCCAUGUAAAUGCACUGAUUGUGUUCCAACUUCCAAGGAUAAACAUCUGGGUGAGUAACUGAUAACAGCUUCAUACAGGCUAGCUUCAGAAUUAUAGCACAAAACAGGGAACAUAAAUCAACUUUUUUUUGAAAAACUGGGUGACUAGCGGUCUUCCCUGUCUUGCUCUCACCUCUUUUUCAUGUUUUUCUUUGAUCUUUAGGUAUCCUGAUUUGGUCUGCAACAUCUCUUGCCACCUACCUGAUCCAUGUAAAGACUCACAACUGUGAAGUGUUUCUGAAUAAUCCACGAACGUCUUAAGGAGACGCACGCAUGCACUUGGCACAGUCCGAGGGCGUUCAUUAUAGUGUACUUAAAUACCAAAAUCAAGCAGGAAAACAUGGGGUUCUGCUGGGCCCUCUGUUUGCUGACCAGGGCCCUUAGUAUCGUCCUAAUCUACCCCCACCCCAUUACGGCAAACCUGGUUUUCACUUACAAAGCCUUGAUGAUGAGGUAUACCAUGGUCCAACAUAGUGAACCAUGAGUUUCCCCCAAGUUCUCCAGGAUUUCUUGGAUCUGUGGGAUUGGAUUUCGGUCAUGGUGUCUUUUCGAUCAGCAGUCGAUAGACCACACACAGGCGUAAGCUGCCAUCCUUCUUCCUUACAUGUACUACGGGGGAGGAGUAAGACGAAGUCGACUUUUGGAUCCAGCCAUAACUCAGUAGGUCUUGUAUAUGGUUCUUGACCUCUUGGUACAGGGGUCGGGGGAUGGCAUUGUAUGUCUUUCAGACAGGGAUGUUAUCCCUUAAAUAAAUUUCCAUCUUCAAAUCCUGGAUGCACCCUGUAUCCCAGUCAUCCUUGGUGAAUACCUCACAAUUCUCAUUCAGUAGUUGUCAGAUAUGCUCUUGUACCACCGCAACAGCACCGCACCAUGCACCUGCAUCCCAACAGACUGGUCAUUUUUCUUGUUUAGUAGACCAGGGCACUUGCUGUGCAAGAAUUCUUGGUAUGCCUUCCAUAUUCUCCGAACUGACCUCAAUUUUAUUCAAGGUCACUCUUGUCAUGACCUGUUUCCGACAUCCUGCCGCCCAGCGCUCGCUGCUGCCACAAUUGUGAUGGUGGUCACAUCCUUCUUCUAGAUUGGAGUGUUCACAUUGUGUACAGCGUUUGAUAUAUACUCUAGUAUGCUGAAGCUGGUUGUGGUCGGACCAUGGGUUACUGCUUUUGACUGUUUGAUGUCUAGACACCUGAGCAAGGCUGGCCACCUAAGAGGUUUGGCUUUGAAUAGCUUCACUGUCAUUUUCAUCUUCAUCAUUUUUCAAUUCAUCAUUUUAUCUCUCACAUCUAAUAGUGUAUAUAUAAACCUUCAUCUUUUAGUGAAACAACACCAUCUCCCUCUAAAUGCUGCAGGAUGCAUCUCAGCGCACAAGGUUUGUGAGUUUCUCCCUCCCCCACAUCCAGCUUCCACAAUUGCACUCACUUCUGCGAUGAAUGUUACCAAAACUUCAUGUGUGAGCCUUGCAGGGCUGAUGGAGCAUUGCAUCAAUGAUAUGCUGGGCAACUCCAAUCAUGUGCUCCAGGACACUGCCAUAUGUGAAGCAUGUGGAGGACUGAACUGCCAGCAACAUUGGUUAUCCGAUAGGUAAGCUUGGAUUUUUGCAUUUUGGUAACCUUGCUUGUCAAUUCGUAGCUCUUUGCAGGUUCUGACAAAGUGACAGCAGCCUCCCCAACAGUUGUACAAGUGGAAGGUAGGACUGCUUGGUAUCAUUUGAAUAAUUGUACUACAGUACCUAGACUAAGACCUAGGUCACGAGAAGAGCAGGUUGCAGGAGGAGAGGAAGGCCCAGCAGCGGAUACUUCAGAGGAAGGUCAAGAAGAGUUAAAAGAAAACUUGGAUAAUGGAAAAAGAGAGCCAGGCCCAGGCCCAAGUUAUGAAGAAAGGGGUCAGGAACCAGAACGUCCCCCAGCAGAACCUGAAGGAGAAGAACCAGAACAUGAUCCAGCAGAACCUGAAGGAGAAGUCCCACAAUCUGCCUCAGCAGAACCUAAGAGAGACACUGAUUCAGUUGAUGCACCAUCUGGUUCUGAGCCUGCUGGGUCUGCUGAAGGGGAAGGAGAUGAACAGUCCCCUGUCCUGCUGAACAAGAGGGUAAGUCAGGUAUUCUUACUGUGUCUGAUAUUGCUCAGCUUCUAGCAACAUCUCCUGCAGACUCAGGCCCUUCUAUUGCCCACCAACCAGGAUUCCCUACACUUGAUUUCUCAGUCCUUGAGUGGUCCCCAGACCUUGACUGGUUCACAUACUAUCACACAGGCUAGCAAGAAGCCAACAGGUAAACUCAUGGGGAGGGAAGUGUGGUUUGGACAACACUAGAGGAGGCAUCAACCUUAAGUCCCAGUGUGUGGUAACGCUAGCACCUAAUAAAAACGAGAAACUAUUGAAAAUAAUACAGGACAAUGGCUGGUAUAAGUAGGUAAUGUACACAUCAAAGAAAUCAAGAAUUAACAAUUGUUUGUUAUUCUCCCAGUCAUGUUUAAAGCGACUCAUUUUAGUGCCCAACCGAUAUGACUAUAGACAAAGCGCUGAGUCUUUUUUGCACAAAAUUGUAGCAGGAAAAAAAUGGGAAGGACCCUAUCGUCCCACUGAAUGCUUAUCUUUCUUAGGGUGACCAGAAUUUCACAAAUACUAUAACUCAACGAAACGGGAACGAGAAUGCCAGUGUCUAGAUAUUUGUAUUGACCCUAGAAAAAGUGACACCCUUUCAGUGUAUGACAUUGAUUGCAUGCUUGAGUAUGAAUGCUUUAACAAAUUGUGUGGUCAACAUGAUAUGGGAAAAUUCCAAGGUAAUUGUGUAGUGACUUGCCCCUUAAACAAGGACACUUUUAAUAAGACUGGCUAUUUGAGCAAAAGCAUAUACAGUACCAUGCAACUGAAACAAUAAUGGGGAAUUUGACAGUAAUAACCAUGCCAAACUGCAUGCAUCAGACAUUAGCAUUCCCGUACAAAGUACAGACAGCAGCAGUAGCAGAUUUCUUCUGGCUUUGCGGUGGUAAGCGUUUGAGAGCAACAAAGGGAUAUAUCCAAUUAAUUUAAAGCUAGGGAUGAAGUGAAGUCAGAUUUUGAGUCUAUAUUGGUCUGGAUAAUGCCUAACAAGAACACUAAAUGGAUUAACUACAUUUACUACAAUCAGCAGAGUUUUAUCAACUACACAGAUGAUGUCUUGUCAGCAUUGUCAGUAAUGGAACAUUUACUAAGGCCCUGAACAAACUGAAAAAGCUACAAUAAGAGACGACUGGAAUGGAAAUGAAGAGACAUGCACUCUUGAGACCAGCUUUGGAAAAUGCGGAGCCCGGCUGUCAAAAAUGGGAAUAAUAUUGGUUGCAGUAAUCAUUACUAGAGGACUAUUUUUUUGCUGUGUUCUGCCUGUUUAAAAGUCUUUUGUGAAUAAUGCCACUAUCGAACAGAUGUCUUUUGUGAAAGGGAUAACUAUGGACAAUAAUGUGAGUAAAGACAAUGAACUGGUAAAAUCAUCCUCUGAUCCAUAUCCAGGCUGGCCUCCUAAGCCAGAAUGGAUUCCGGAACAACUGCAGGAUGAUGUGGAUUCUAAUUAUACAGACAUGAAGGCACCCCCAUGCUCUAUGAUGACCUUAGGAGGGGAUUCAAGUUGUAGUUCUUCAAUUGAGGAUUAAGAAGAAGAGUGAUAAGCGAUACCCUGGGUGUAAGUGCUAGCCUAACCGCUCACCAAGGGAGAACCUCUACGAUACACAAAGUAUCUGGGUUGAAGAAUACUAUCUUUUUUUUCUGUGAGACAACUACUAUCUAAACGAGAGAAAAUCUUAUUUUACUCUUUAUAUUUUUACAUUCUUCUAACUGAGGCAAGGCAAGUUUAUUCAUAUAGCACAUUUCAUACACAAUGGUCAUUCAAAGUGCUUUACAUAAAAUGAUAAAGAAAAUAUAAUACAAUAUAAAAACAAGAAAUAAAAGUAAGAAAUAAGAAUUAGAAAAAUGCAGUAAAAUGAGCAGGAGAUAAAAAAUAAAAAAAGUCAGUUACAGAACUAAAUUCAAUUCAAUUUUAUUUGUAUAGUGCUUUUAACAACGGACAUGGUCUCAAAGCAGCUUUACAGAAAUAUAUAAACACAGGAUACAGAUUUUAAGUGUGUGAAUUUAUCCAUUUCGAGUAAGCCGGUGGUGAGGAAAAACUCCCUAAGAUGAUAUGAGGAAGAAACCUUGAGAGGAACCAGACUCAGAAGGGAACUCGUCCUCGUUACAAUGAUGUAGAUCAAUGAGUAGAGUGCAGCAUACUGUUUAGUCAGUAAAUGUGAGGCUAAGUAGAUGUGUUUUCAGUCUGGUUUUAAAUGUGGCUAGCAUUUGAGAACAUCUUACUUCUUGUGUGAGCUGGUUCCAGCCACGGGUGGCAUAAUAGCUAAAGGCUGUCUCACCUUGUUUUGAGUGCAUGAUUGGUAUUUCUAACUGACCUGAUCCUAAUGAUCUGAGAGGCCGGUACGGUUUAUAUUCAGUAAACAUAUCUGUAAUGUAUUUAGGUCCUAGGCCAUAUAGUGAUUUAUAAGCUAGUAAUAAUACUUUAAAAUCAAUUCUGAGUGUAACUGGAAACCAGUGUAAAGAUCUGAGGACUGGAGUAAUAUACUCAGAUUUUUUUGGCUCAGGUGAUAAUCCUGGCAGCAGCAUUCUGAAUGAGCUGCAACUGUCUAAUGCAACUAAAUGAGUUGCAUUCUGAAUGAAUUCUAAUCUUUUUGCGAAGAUGGGUGAGAAGUCCAUUUCAGUAAUCCACCCUGCUGGUAAUGAAUGCAUAAACAAGUUUCUCUAAGUCUUGACUGGAAUGUAAACACCUACUUCUCACUAUAUUUUUCAGGUGAUAGUAGGCUGAUUUGGUUAUUGCUUUCACUUGACUACUGAAACUUAGAUCUGACUCCAAAAUGACACCAAGAUUCCUGAUUUGAUUUAUUUUUUGUCUUUAGACCCCUGGAAUCAAGGUAUGUGUUCAACUUGAGACUUUCAUUUUUAUUUCCAAAUAUAAUGACUUCUGUUUUGUCUUUGUUUAACUGAAGGAAGUUUUGGCACAUCCAACUGUUAAUUUCACGAAGGCACUGGCACAGAGAUCUAUGGGCUGGUAAUCAUCAUUAGGGGACAGGGCUAGGUAGAUCUGGGUGUCAUCUGCAUAGCUAUGGUAUGCAAUUUGGUUUCUCUUUAUAAUUUGGCCUAGUGGGAGCAUAUAAAUCUUGAACAGCAGCGAUCCAAGGAUUGAGCCUUGUGGGACUCCAUACGUCAUUAAUGUGCACUCAGAUUCAUAGCUGCCUAUGUUCACAUAGAAACCCCUCCCUCCUAUUUAUAACCUGAACCAGCCAAGGACAAUUCCAGAGAGCCCUAUCUAGUUUUCCAGGCUGUCUAGGAGUAUAUUGUGGUUGACCGUGUCAAAAUCAUCACUGAUAUCCAAUAAUGUCAGCAUGGUUAUUUUGCCUGAGUCAGUAUUUAAAUGAAUAUCAUUCAUUAUCUUUGAGUGCCAUCUCUGUGCCGUGAUGCUGCCAGAAAACAGAUUGGAAAUUAUCCAAAUAGCUAUUUGAGGAUAGAAAACGUUUCAUCUGAAACGUUGAAAACAAUCUUUUCAAUGAUCUUGCCUAUGAAAGGGACAUUUGAUAUUUGUCUGUAGUUGUUUAAAACCAUAUUAUCCAGAUUGCUCUUUUUCAGAAAGGGCUUAACAAUUGUGGUUUUCAGGGAUUCUCAGGCGUGAGAGGUGUGAGGCCUUUUAAUAUGUCUGAGAUCUUUUUCUAAACACUUAAAACAUUUUUGAAAAAGGAUGUUGUUACAACCUGCUAGCUUUGGGAUGGGAAGGUUUUUUUGUGUGCUGUGCCAUAUUUUGUGUGCAGGUCUGAUUUCCCGCCCAGAGUUUCCAGCCUGCCCUAGCCUGCCUUGCUCCCGCCUCCCAGGAUGACAUCACUGAGCGGCGGCCAUAUCUGAAGAGGAAGAAGUGUGAGAAUGGUGUGGGAUGUUAGAGGUGGUUACGUGUGAUUUGUUGCUAGGAGAUUGUUUGGUUUGUGUUGUUUGCCCUUGUGGCUAUAUAACAAUUCUAUAUUCUGACUACUGUUCUGGGUUUUGACUCUUGCCUUGGGGUUGACUGUGAUUUUGGUUGUUCCUGUAUCUGGUUGUGUAUACUCUUCACCAGUGUAUACACGUUCACUUGGUUCACUGGCGGUAGGGGUGUGGCUGCCAUUUCUUUUGGGAGAGGGUCCUUUUGUCUCCGUUUUUGGCUAAGGGAGUUAGGGAAGUAUUUGUAUUUUCUUUGUUAUUUUCUUCUUAGGUAAGCUAGCUACCCAACAAUAGAAUCCUCUUGUUUAUUAUUUUGGCUUUGGCCCACCCUGAAGUUAUGCCUGG